GGGAAUGGAUGAAUUGUAUAGUGUAGGACGGGAGAGAAUUAUGCGGAGUAUUAUUUCUGUUUAUUUUCACUCACAUAAGUAUACAUUUUACUCUUUAAUGGCCACUCUCUUAGUAAAUCAUUUGUUCCUAGCCCCUACAACAUGAUUCUUUCUUUUCCUUUUUUCCCCAACCAAUCAUCAAGCCACACAUUCAUAUUUAUAUAUCUUUUGACUGAAAAUGGAAGGCUCGAUGAAGCUAUGUUAUUUAUUUUGGGGUUCAUAAAAGUACCUUAUGUGGUAUCUCAGGUUUACUUUUCAGCGAAUACCUGCUUAGUGGCUCAGUUCCUUCAAUUAAGGAGGUAAACGGCGAGGAGCCACUUUUUCCAGCUGUUCCACUUUUACAUUUGAAGUCAGCAGACAAAGUGCAAAGUGAGGUUCUCUCCACAGAAGCUAAGAAAGCUGCUGCUCACAUUGUGGGCAGGUUACAGCUGGGUUCUAAACUAUCCGAUAUCGCUUCAAAUAAGGAAGACGUAAUUGCUAUGUUUGACCUCUUCAAAAAUGAGCAGUAUAUACUGGCAGAACAUGAGGGCAGAUUCUGUGUUGUACUCAAAGAGAACUCUUCACAACAAGACAUGCUGAAGUCGCUGUUUCAUGUCAACUACCUGUACUGGUUGGAGAGAAACGCGGGGAUUGUAUCAAGUGGGGUCCGCAGCGACUGUAGACCCGGGGGUAGACUCCAAAUGUCUUUACAAUACGUUGAGAGGGAAUUCGAACACGUCAAGAAUGAUAGCGAAGUAGUAGGCUGGGUGGCUGAUGGUCUUAUUGCUAGGCCUUUACCCAACAGAAUCUGCCCGGGUUAUCCAACCGCAUUUCCCGUUGGUUCCGGUUGAUUCAUCUAUAUGCGGUUGUUGUCUUAGCUAUCUCAUGCGCGGAUGUGGAUGCCAAAUUUUCAGUUCAGAUGAAGAAUCAGUUCCGGUAGAGCGUUAACCUUUUCCAUGGUCAGGGGUAAGUAUAUGUUGUUUUUUUUGCUCAAAAGAAAUCUAUCAAACUAUAAAUAAUUAAAAGAAUGUUAUGAGUAACAUGUUUAAGAAUAGCAUUAAAACUUUAAAAAUAUA